AUGGCGCAGCUUGUGCAUUUCUGGAGAGACAAAUGCGCCCAACAGCAGAAUCUCAUCGAAAAGAUGAAACGCGAAAUUGCGAAGAAUAGACAAACGAUCGAUGGUCUCAUGCUCAAGGGCGAUCACCUCGUUCAGUACGAAGAUGUCGGUGAACCAGAUGACCGAGGGAAGCGGCGGAAGCUUGAUGCGCAUCAGUGACGUCGCCUCUUCGCAUGUCUUCGAGCGGCUUAACGCUGAUACUGGAUGCAUAUAUGCGCGUUGUUUACAGGCAUCCAGGCGGCAGUCGUUCGGAUGCCAGCGCACACUCGGUCAUAAGCUCUGCGGGGCCAGACCGACUCACGUUGCCUUCAAAUCACCGCCAACCAGAUUUACUCACGUCAAGACCCGGGCAGGAACUAAGGUCAGAUCCGGAAACUCAUACAU